GCCGGCGCCUGCGCAGUGGGAGGCGGCGGCGUGAGGAGGCGGCGGCGGCGCUGGGCUGUGUCACGGCGGGGCCGGAGGGGCGGCCAUGGAGUACCUGAUCGGCAUCCAGGGGCCCGACUACGUCCUGGUGGCCGCAGACACGGUGGCGGCCUCCAGCAUCGUGCAGAUGAAGCACGACCACGACAAAAUGUUUAAGAUGAGUGAAAAAAUCUUACUCUUGUGUGUUGGGGAGGCUGGAGACACCGUACAGUUUGCAGAAUACAUCCAGAAGAACGUUCAGCUCUACAAAAUGCGAAAUGGUUACGAACUGUCUCCUACUGCAGCUGCAAAUUUUACACGGCGAAACCUAGCUGACUAUCUUCGGAGUCGAACCCCUUACCAUGUCAACCUUCUCCUGGCUGGCUAUGAUGACGAUGAAGGUCCUGCCCUUUAUUACAUGGAUUAUCUUGCAGCUCUGGCUAAAGCUCCUUUUGCAGCACAUGGAUAUGGUGCGUUCCUCACCCUCAGCAUCCUCGACCGCUAUUACAAGCCAAGUAUCACACGUGAGGAAGCUGUGGAGCUCCUAAAGAAAUGUCUAGAGGAGCUUAAGAAGCGCUUCAUCUUAAAUCUGACCUCUUUCAAUGCCCGGUUCAUUGACAAAGACGGCAUCCAUGAAGUGGACAAUAUACUCCUUCAAAAAGCAACGUCCUAACCCCUGAGAUCUUUCUUCAGCAGUCUUCUUUUUAUGUUCCGUUUUGUUUUUAAUAUUCAUUUGAAGCACCCAAGUCAUGUACUAUGCUGGAAGAUUGAAUAAAGAUUGACAUUUAUAUAGCCAGUUCCAUCUUUUGAUUCCACUUUGAUUCCACUGGUCCUUCCUGAGAGUAUUUAAGUAAAUCCGUCUGCAAUGAAGAUGAAACGUGAUUUAUUGGUAAUUGUGGCAUGUUCAGAUUACUUUAUUUGCUAUUCUGAGAUGUUUUCACUUCCCCCUCUUAAGUUUUCUUAUGGGUGGGGAAAACUAGUAUUAUAUUUUUCUAGAAGAGAACUUGCUGUCAUCUGUUCUCACACUGGGUAUUAAAGCUCAGCAAACAGCAGACAAGUGCUUUAUGCUAAACAUAGCAACAUCUAUUUCAUCUUUCCAAAGAUCUCACUACUGUUUGCGUUAUAAAAGUCUGAUUUUCAAAGACUUAAUUUUGCUUUUGUUAUUAUUGGUUUCAAUCUAAUCCAAGUGGAAAGUAAGGUUGUCAAUAAAUAGAAUGGAUUUAAA